GCCAUCUUCCACCGGCCUUCAACACAGGAAUGGAGUCCCGGCAGAGCCAUCGCGUCAACCGAAACAAAUAAUCCCGGGCAACUCCAGACUAUCCCGUCAAUCGACGUGUACGGGAUUAAAACAAAAAAAAAAUUCAGAAGUGAUAAUAAAAGAGGAAGCGAAUUCGCUGUAGGACCGAGUUUACUUGGUGUUUCUGUUUAUGAAAUGUGACUUUGAGGAAGUAAAUAAUAAAAAGCGAGUGGUGAGACGGAGAUGGGAGGAAGCCGGCGGCGCUGUUGACGCUGUUUGUGCUCGGCCGGAGGAGUGGAACGGGUGACCGUUAAAACCGUUAAGCGGCCGGUCUCGUGCUUGCUGCCCGUCGCCAUGGGUAACCAGCUGGCCGGCAUCGCCCCGUCCCAGAUCCUCUCGGUCGACAGCUACUUCUCCGACAUCCACGAGUUCGAGUAUGACAGGAGCCUGGGCAGCACCCGCUUCUUCAAGGUGGCGCGGGCCAAGCACCGCGAGGGCCUGGCGGUGGUCAAGGUGUUCGCCGUGCAGGACCCCUCGCUGCCGCUCACCGCCUACAAGCAGGAGCUGGAGGAGCUGCGGCAGCGGCUGCUGGGCGCCGCCAACUGCGUGGCCUUCCAGCGGGCCAGCUUCAGCGAGCGGGCCGCGCUGCUCUUCCGACAGUACGUCCGCGACAACCUCUACGACCGCAUCAGCACCCGGCCUUUCCUGGGCCACACCGAGAAGCGCUGGGUGGCCUUCCAGCUGCUCACCGCGCUGGAGCAGGCCCACCGGGCCGGCGUCCGCCACGGCGACAUCAAGACCGAGAAUGUCAUGGUCUCCAGCUGGAACUGGGUGCUGCUGACCGACUUCGCCAGCUUCAAACCCACCUACCUGCCCGAGGAUAACCCGGCCGACUUCAACUACUUCUUCGACACUUCCAGGAGGAGGACCUGCUACAUCGCCCCCGAGCGCUUCGUGGACGGGACAAUGUUCAGCACCGAGCUGGAGGCGGCCAGGGAUUCGACCACUCCGCUGGUGGACCUGACUCACAACAACCAGAGGACUAGGGGAGAACUGAAACCAGCCAUGGACAUCUUCUCCGCAGGGUGUGUUAUUGCAGAGCUUUUCACAGAAGGGGUGCCGAUGUUUGAUUUAUCCCAACUGCUGGCUUAUAGAAAUGGACAUUUUUCCCAUGAGCAGGUGUUGAAUAAGAUUGAAGAUGUGAACAUAAGAGGUCUGGUCAGUCAAAUGAUUCAACGUGACCCAGAAUUGCGUUUAACAGCAGAAGAAUAUCUUAAACAGCAAAGAGGCAGAGCUUUCCCAGAACUCUUUUACACUUUUCUGCAGCCAUACAUGGCACAGUUUGCAAAAGAGACUUUCCAGUCUGCUGAUGAACGUAUCCUGGUAAUACGGAAAGAUCUAGAAAAUAUUCUGCAAAAUAUUUGUGGCGAAGACCAGACUGAGAAAAAUGAUGGCGAAACCAAAGAUCAUGGUUUGGUUAUUUUGGUAUCAGUUAUCACUUCUUGCUUGCAGACACUGAAGUACUGUGAUUCUAAACUAGCUGCUUUGGAACUGAUCCUUCAUUUGGCACCCCGACUAAGUGGUGAGAUUCUGCUUGAUCGUAUAACACCUUAUCUCUUGCAUUUUGCAAAUGACCUCAUACCUAGGGUACGAGCUGAAGCAGUAAGAACUCUGACAAAAGUUUUGGCUCUUGUCAAAGAGGUACCACGUAAUGAUGUCAACAUUUACCCUGAAUACAUUUUACCAGGUAUUGCCCACUUAGCUCAAGAUGAAGCAACUCUUGUUAGAUUGGCAUAUGCAGAAAACAUAGCACUUUUGGCUGAGACUGCCCUCCGAUUUUUAGAAAUAGUUCAAUUAAAUAAUUUGAAUGUGGAAAAUGAUAUAAAUGGUGAAGAAACAGAGGAAACAUUGCACCCGAAUGAAAACUAUGACUCAGAAUUGCAAGCUCUCCAUGAGAUGGUUCAGCAAAAAGUGGUAACACUAUUGAGUGACCCAGAAAAUAUAGUGAAACAGACAUUAAUGGAGAACGGUAUAACACGGCUGUGUGUGUUCUUUGGACGUCAAAAAGCUAAUGAUGUUCUCUUGUCGCACAUGAUCACCUUUUUGAAUGAUAAGAAUGACUGGCACCUUCGUGGUGCUUUCUUUGAUAGUAUUGUUGGUGUGGCAGCUUAUGUUGGCUGGCAGAGCUCAUCCAUCCUUAAACCUCUUCUUCAACAAGGACUCAGUGACGCAGAGGAGUUUGUGAUUUAUAAAGCCCUCAAUGCUCUGACUUGCAUGUGCCAGUUGGGACUUCUGCAAAAACCUCACAUCUAUGAAUUUGCCAGUGACAUUGCACCUUUUUUGUGCCACCCAAAUCUCUGGAUACGUUAUGGAGCUGUGGGAUUCAUAACAGUGGUUGCUCAACAUCUCAAUAUUGCUGAUGUCUACUGUAAGCUGAUGCCAUAUCUCAAUCCAUUCAUCUCCCAGCCAAUAAUACAGAUAGACAAGGAAAUUGUGUUGUUGAGUGUCCUCAAGGAACCUGUCCACCGUUCUAUAUUUGAUUAUGUAUUGCGAUCAAAGGACAUAAUAAACUUGUACAGGCACUUGAUCUUGCGCCAGAAGGUACGCAAUGGACUAAUGCUGGAAUGUCCACUUCCAGAGGAUCCAGUUGUUACACAGCUGUUAAAGAAACUGCUUUCUCAGGGGAUGACUGAAGCAGAUGAAGACAAGCUGUUAGCUCUAAAGGAUUUCAUGCUUAAGUCAAACAAGGCCAAAGCUAAUGUGGUGGACCAAAGUCACAUGAAUGACAGCGCAGAGAAUGGUGUAAUUGACUUGGCUGUUCUUGGCAUCCCCGGAAGACAAAUUGAUCUUGUCAAGACAAAACCAGAAAAUGAUGAUAAACGAGCAAGAAGACAUGUGAAACAAGACUCAAAUUUGAACGAAGAAUGGAAGAGCAUGUUUGGCUCUCUUGAACCUCCAAAUAUUGUUCAACCAAAAGUCCAUACAGCUCCUGCUGACCAAGAAAAUACCACUGGAAAGAGUCUGCGAUCAGAGUCUUCUCCAGGAAUGAUGAUCACCACUACUCCAGCUUUGCAACAGGUAUCUGAAGGGACCGGGGUACUAACAAGGAAGACAACUUCCUCUUUGUCAGUUCUGCAAACAGGAAAUGUCCUAGUAUUGCCUCCCACUUACCAGAGACGCAUUACUACAUGUGCUACUGAGCUCCAGCAUUUGAUUCAACAGAGACGAGAACAGUGCAAUGCUGAACGAAUGGCAAAACAGUUGAUGGAAAGUGCUGAAUGGGAAAGCAAACCACCACCACCAGGGUGGCACCCCAAAGGGCUUCUAGUUGCACAUCUUCAUGAGCAUAAGUCAGCAGUAAACCGAAUCCGAGUGUCUGAUGAACAUUCAAUUUUUGCUACUUGUUCAAAUGAUGGCACUGUGAAGAUAUGGGACAGUCAGAAGAUGGAGGGAAAGACAACAACUACCAGGUCAAUUUUAACAUAUUCUCGUAUUGGAGGAAAAAUUAAAACUCUGGCUUUCUGCCAAGGUUCCCAUUACCUUGCUGUGGCUUCAGACAAUGGCACUAUCCAACUCCUUGGAAUUGAGGCCAACAAACCUCCAAAAUCACCUAAAAUACAUUCUCUUCAGAGCAGAGCUUUGGACCCGAAAGAAGAUGGCUGUGUGGUGGAUAUUCAUCAUUUUAAUGCAGGAGCACAAUCUGUUUUAGCUUAUGCAACUGUUAAUGGUUCUUUAGUUGGUUGGGACCUGAGAUCAUCAACAAAUGCUUGGACAUUAAAGCAUGAUUUGAGGCUUGGACUCACUACAUCCUUUGCUGUAGAUAUACAUCAAUGCUGGUUAUGUAUAGGUACAAGUAAUGGCACUAUGGCUUGUUGGGAUAUGAGAUUUCAACUGCCUAUUUCGAGUCAUUGUCACCCAGCCAGAGCUCGCGUUCGGCGUCUGCUUAUGCACCCCCUCUGCCAGUCAUGGGUUAUUGCAGCUGCCCAAGGAAAUAAUGAAGUUUCAAUGUGGGACAUGGAAACUGGAGACAGGCGAUUCACCCUUUGGGCCAGCAGUGCUCCACCUCUUUCCGAAAUGCAGCCUUCACCACAUAGUAUUCAUGGAAUCUACUGCAGCCCAGCAGAUGGAAAUCCUCUGUUAUUAACCGCUGGAUCAGAUAUGAGAAUAAGGUUUUGGGAUCUAGCAUAUCCAGAGCGAUCAUAUAUUGUAGCAGGAGGUGCAAAUGAUGCUCUGCAUUGUCCAUCUGUCUCGUAUUAUAGAAAGAUAAUUGAAGGAACUGAGGUUGUGCAGGAAAUUCACAACAAGCAGAAAGUUGGAUCUUCAGAGGAUGUACCCCGACGAGGUCCAGAAUCUCUCCCAGUUGGGCAUCAUGACAUUAUCACUGAUCUUGCUGCUUUCCAAACAACCCAGGGAUUUAUUGUAACUGCUUCACGAGAUGGGAUAGUCAAAGUUUGGAAGUAGCAGUUUGAUUCUGAAAACAAAGUGAAGGACACUGUUUUAUCAUCUUCAUCAAUGAAGUACUUGAUUAUAGGUUAGGGAACAUUAUACCCUGAUUUUGUUCAUGCAAAAAUCAUGAAGAAUGUGAUUAUAUUUUUGUUUAAAAAUGCCUUCACGUUUUCAGAUUUUAAACCUUACGUUCUAUUGACCUUGCAACUGUAGAAAUGAACUCCCAGAAAUAGAAACCUGAAAGUGUCUUUGUUGCUUCAGUACUGAAUAAGAGGUGUGAUUGCAGAUUAUAAACCUGGGAUAUAUUUUCUUCAUGCUGCAUUCAUUUUUGAUCUGUGAACUUUUUUAUUACAAAAAUUUGCUUUGUGAAUAAUGUCCUCAAAGUAAUUAAAUCUCGACAAGCAAAAAUAAUUCCCUGAAUCAUUCCAAAAGACUUUGGAAUUUCGAGGAGAAUAAAAAUUGGAUUAAAUUGUAACAGUAAAUAGGUAGUUUAGAACCCUUCAAUACAUUUUCUUUUUGUUUGUCACUUGUAAAAUGUUUGCUAUGAAUUCUUGCAUUUUCCCACAUAAUACAAAAGUAUGUCCUCACAGCAAGUAUGCUUCGAAUCAUUAAAUGUCUUUGGUGCUUCCAGCAUUUUUUAAGACUCUAGAGUAAACUUAUAAAUACUUGAGGGAAGAGAAAGCUGUUAGAGAGAAUCUAAGUUAGCCUUUUAUGAAUGGAUUUGGUCACUGUGGUCAUUGAGCAAAUGUGCUGAAAAAGGGCAUCGUACCUGAUGUCACUCCAGGUUGAAGAGUAUCAUACGGGAAAGAUAAAAUUCAUCAGUGGAGAUAUGUAGAUAUUUAAAUAAAUUAAACUUAGGACCAGUGGUGGUAAUCUUUAUAUGAAUGUUUGAACAUAUGAUUAUUUGAUGUUGUGUUGCACAAGCUUAACUGAAUCUGAAGAAAGUUUAAAGAUCUUGCCCCAAGUUGCAGUUUACUGGUGCACUUUUAAAGUAUUUAAUCUUUCUGCAAAUGUUCUUAGUUUAUUUCUGGCAAAAUAACUAGCUUCGUCAUGACCAUUACCUGAUGCCAAAUAAUCACUGUAAUCACAACCAAGUUAUGCUUAGUAAUCGUGAGAAAGAUUUGAAAUUUUUUUGCACUUCUCUUAAAUGCAAAAGGAUGUAGGAUGUGUGGAACCUUCAUUGAGAAAUGUCUACAAUUAUUUAACCCUCUGCGCUGGAAGCUGCAGAGAUGUAGCAGGUUCGUGUAGAGGACAGGUAGUGAGCCUUUUAAAUUACUGGACUUGAAUUUAAGGGCUUCAACUUAAAUGUUAUUCACUUAUUUGUGAAAAAUAUUAAAACUUAUGUAUUAUUUGAGCUUUAGUUUUUGGAACUUCAAUGGAAUAAAAUGCAAUGUAAUGCAUUUUACUCAACUUGUUGGCAUGACAUAAACUUGCUCUUCGCUUUGCGAAGGAAAUGUGAAUAAAUAAUUAAAAUUCUUGUUACCAGUU